AACCCAGCAAUGCUCACAUUAUUACUUAACGGCAGAAAUAGGUAAAUUCAGGUUUAAGCCAAAAAAAGUCCACAAGAAAUUAAAAAUAGAUAAAAGUUGGACGGCAGCACCCAUGCAUGCAGCGCUGAGCAAUGCGGUGGAGGGGUUGGCCGCAACAUGGCAGAAGCAUUAUGGCGACUUCGUAAUGGUAAAGCUCGCUUGUUGACUGCUGUAGGAGACGAUAUCGAUGGAAGAUUUCUUAAUAAUAUCGCUCCAGGGUUACUGCUUGAAGGAUGUAUAGUGCAAGGGGGUCGCACUCCAACGUAUGCAGUUGUCUUGGACGCGGAAGGAGAAUGCUUGAUUGGUCUCGGCGACAUGGCUCUACACGAUCAUAUUUCUGUCGACUUAGUGAACCGUCACCUGGAUGUGCUGGAAAAAACGCCACUGGUAGUCAUAGAUGGCAACGUGCCACAGUCUACGAUGGACCACGUGCUUCAACUGUGCAGUGAAAUGGGCAAACCAGUUUUCUUUGAACCUACUGACCGAAGAAAAGCAACCAAGCCAUUACAUACCAAGAAGCACAUUACAUUGGCCACUCCAAAUGUAGCAGAGCUACAUGCAAUGGCCAACUUUGUAAAGCCUGAUUUUAAAUUAGCUCAAACAACUGAAAUAAACGGAAUAAUAGAAUUGUGCAAAAUUGUGUCUGACGUUGUAAAUAUCUUAGUUGUUACUUUAGGUCCAAAAGGUGUUAUUACUUCUAGACGUACCGCAAAAGGAGACUUAGAAAUGCGCCUAUAUCCUGCGAAAGAAAUAAACAAUAUUGUAAAUGUUUCUGGAGCGGGAGAUUGCUUUGCUAGCAGUUUCAUUAGUGGUGUUCUCACAAAUUCAGUAGAACCAAAAUGCAUUGCAAUAGGUUACAAGUCAGCGACACAAGCUUUGCUCUCUAAAACUACCAUACCUCAAAAUUUGAAAUCAUCUUUCACAGUUAAUGAUGCGUAUUAUGAAACUAUCGUGUCUUGA